GCCAUAGAUUUUACAAUACCAUACGUCUUUCGUCUAAAAGUAUUGAAUAAAUACGUACAUUUUUUUCGUUCACGAAAUUUAAGUUUGAGUACCACGCACAUAUUCUAUUGCGGCAAGGCCCCACAACCAUGCGUCUAUCCUCGAUCCUGAAUGGCCAGCACUUUGGCAACCUGGCCAAGGUGCACGGCAUCGUCACCUACAAGCUGUCGCCCUUCGAGCAGCGCGCCUUCGCCGGAGCGAUCAGCAAAGGAUUGCCCAACAUGGUGCGUCGCUUCCGCUCCAACGUCUUCAUCGUGACUCCCCCCUUCAUCCUGGGAUAUCUGAUCUACGAUCUGACCGAACGCAAGCACACCGCCCUGCUGCGCAAGAACCCCGCUGACUACGCGAACGACGAAUAAGCGUCCCAACUAGCAGAUAGUUAUGUUAAACUAAUUAAUAAAACUAGACCCACAGUUCAAGAGA